AACAAAAUCAAAUUUUGCUGUUGGGGUCGUGUAUUCCGAAUCAGAAGAUUUGAGUUUGGCACCCAUGAUGAAAAUUGGAACUGGACGAAUAUUCGAUAAGGAUCAUUAUAAACAAAAUGUAAGAAAAAGUAUUUUAACAGACAAGACAAUGGCAAUUGUAGCAAGCAGCAAAGAAUUUGCAAAAAAUUGUCAGAAAAAAUUUUCCAUAUCAAAAGAUGAUAUAUCAAACCAAAAUGUGGGGAAUAAUAAAUAUUUAUAUACAGAUAAAAAGCUGGUUCAUGCAGAGUUUUAUUUUAAGUCAAAGAAACAUUAUAGACUUUAUUUUCAUGCAUAUCUUUUGAAAAAUCUAUCAAUGACCUGGAUAUUUGAAAUUGGAAAUGAAGAAGGUGAUGAUGAUCAAAAAGAAAAUGAUAUGUUAAUUCCAUUAAAACACUAUACUUUGAUUGAAUUUAUAGAAAAUAUCUUUGGCAAUGGUCCUGUAAUAUCCGAAAUGAUGAAGAAAAUAUGUCUUGAACAUUCAAAAUUUUAUAAUGAUGAUGUAGUAGUUAAUUUGAAUCCAAAGUCAAGCUUUUUCAAACAAUUAUCCAUUGAUCUUAUUGAAGAGUACAAUGAGGAACUUGAUAUAAUGACGGAGAAUCUAAUUCCUGAAAAUCUCCAUAACUUUCUUGUAAAAUUCUUUUCAGAAAGAUUAUCAGAAGAUGAAUGGUUAAUUAAAAUUGAUGACUUGAUCUGUUCAAAUAAAAAUGAUAAGCUUAUGGUGACAAUAUCACGAGUGAUAUGGUGUAUAUUACCUCAAUUCAUAAAGGCAUUUUUUCUAGGACCUUUCAAUCCUCUUCUCAACAUUACAUCUAUUGAAAGACCUCAUCUUAAUUCUUUUGUUCACACAUGCUUGGAAUCCACUUUGUGGAAUGUUGCCUGUGUAAGUUAUGAAUUUAGUGAAAUUCAUUUCCACAGCAAUUUAAAACGUGAAUAUGCAGAUGGUAUUGGAAGGAUGUUGCUUUCCGUAAAUGGAUUUGAAAAUUCUUAUUCUGUAAAGAGACAGUUGGAUGUUGAAGAAUAUGGAUUGGAUGAUGUUUGA